CUGCGGCUCGACGCGCCUAACAGGGUCCUAAACACGACCUUCGGUCACGCGUCGACUUUCUCUCCCCAUCGGCGCAGCACCCAAUACACCACUGCUGCGUCUGCCAACCCGCAAUUGGCGCGAUGGAGGAUAGCGAUGACUACGGGGAUGAUUUCGACGACACCGCGUUCCUGGAGGCCGCCACCCAGGCUGAGAAAGAAAACACGCCUCCAUUCCUGGCGUCGCCACGGCCGACCAAACGCCGCAAGUUAAGUGGGCCAAAUGAAAGGAGUGCACCGUCCAUUCCGCCCAGUAAACAACGUUUCGAUCGACGCCGACAGCCGUUUCUAAGUUCGGAAGAUGAAGAUGAUUCCGAGCCGGACGUUUGCGCCACCUCGCGAGGCAACAAAAGCGCAGCAACUGAGCUCGACGACGGGGAGCAGCCAACUGCGGCAAAACCUGUCUGCUCGGCCGCGAGAAAGAAAAAAGCUAGGAUAAAGCGGCAAGAAGAGAGCGAUGAAGAGCCAGAAAAUGGAUCCCCAAGGAAGGAGACCGUGGCCGCGAAGCGAAAGAACAGAAUCCAUGUGCCGACUGCCAAUCUGGAUCUAACAGAUCUCUUCUUCACGCAGCCGUCGCGAGAGCCCUCGCCACCUUGGAAACCGCGCGGAGCAAUAUGGCAAAAGCCCAGGACCAACAUCGGUGUGCACCGGCCUUCAGGGCUCGACGCCAUGAAGACAACGGCACUGCCGGGCAGACAAUCCAUAGCCUCGAGGCCGGUGUCGCGAGGACACAAGUCGCCAGGGGAGUCCGACACACCGAUGGGGAUCGACACAUCGCCUGAGCUACCGGCAACAAGCAAGACGGGAACGGCGUAUGACCUGACACAAGAGCUGGCGGAUCUUCCUUCUGAUGCCUUUGCGUCCUCUUCCUCCUCACCCCAGAAGCAAGACGAUGUCGUACUGCUUUCGGAGAGGCGCACCCGAGUAGUGGCUCCGCAAUCCGGCCUCCGGCAGACAACCCUGUUCGGCCGGCAGGGGGUCAACAGUCAAGUCCCUCCAUCGCAGGUUAACAAGCGGUACAACUUUAUAGUCGACCAGAAAGAGGAGCCGCCCACUCAUCACAAAUUAGACACCGAAGCAACCAAAACCUGGAUCUACCCCACCAACCUUGGCACAAUUCGAGACUACCAGUUCAACAUAGUCGCACGCGGGCUGUUCCACAAUCUCCUAGUUGCCUUGCCGACAGGUCUAGGGAAGACCUUCAUCGCGGCAACGAUCAUGCUGAACUGGUUUCGGUGGACAACGGAAGCGCAGAUCGUCUUCAUGGCUCCGACGAAGCCGCUCGUAGCGCAACAGGUAGAUGCUUGCUUUCACAUCGUCGGGAUCCCGCGCUCUUCCACGGUCAUGCUGACGGGUGGUGUACCGCCGGCGGUGCGCGCAGAGGAAUGGGCUAGCAAGAGAGUGUUCUUCAUGACACCGCAGACGUUACUGAACGACCUCAAAUCUGGGUACGCCGACCCGAAGAAGAUGGUGCUUCUCGUGGUGGAUGAAGCACAUCGAGCGACAGGCGGAUAUGCUUACGUGGAAGUGGUGAGCUUCUUGCGGCGAUUCAACUCGAGCUUCCGCGUUUUAGCACUGACGGCGACCCCUGGCGCAGACGUGGAAGCCGUUCAGAAAGUUAUUGAUGGAUUGGAUAUCUCCAGGAUUGAGAUCCGCACUGAGAACUCUUUGGACAUUCAGCAUCAUAUCCACCACCGUAAAGUCGAAAAGCACGUCUUUUCGAAUAGUGAAGAGAUGGAGAUGUGCAUGGAUCUGUACACACAAGCGCUCCAGCCUUGUGUCAGCAAGUUGGCCGGUUUGAACGCCUUCUGGACCACAAAUCCUUUAGAAUUAACGCCAUACGGAUGCCUGCAAGCCCGCAAGAGGUGGUUCCAGGAAGCCGGACACCGGGCGCCCCAGGCACAGAAGGCUAUGGUCAAUGGCAUAUUCCAGGUUCUCAACUCCAUUUCCCAGGGCAUGGACCUCCUCAAGUACCACGGCAUUGGUCCCUUCUACGUGAAAAUAAAGGAAUUCAAGGACGAGCAACAACGCAGCAAGUCUAAGUAUCGGGACGAGAUCUGUAACAGCGACGCUUUCAAGAAGCUCAUGGUCAGGCUGCACACGUGGGUUAGCAACGAGAACUUCGUAGGCCAUCCGAAGCUGGAGUUCCUCCAGCAAGUAAUUCUUGACCAUUUCGUCAAUGCCGUCGACGGGCUGAACUCCGACGGCGGGACUGCCGCCCAGACGAGGAUCAUGGUCUUCGCCCACUUUCGAGACAGCGCAGAGGAGAUUGUACGGGUGUUGAGGAAACAUCAGCCAAUGAUCCGACCCCGCGUCUUCGUUGGACAGUCGACCGGAAAAAACUCAGACGGCAUGGACCAAAAGGAGCAGCUCGGAGUGAUUGAGAAAUUCAAGGAAGGCACAUUCAAUACGCUUGUCGCUACCUCUAUCGGAGAAGAGGGUCUUGAUAUUGGAGAAGUCGAUCUCAUUAUCUGCUACGACUCCAAAGCGUCGCCAAUUCGCAUGCUGCAACGCAUGGGUCGAACAGGAAGAAAGCGAGAGGGCAAGAUCAUCAUGUUGCAGAUGGAAGGAAAGGAAGAGAGAGACGCAGCGAAGGCGAAGGACAACUACGAGCAGAUGCAGAAGCUCAUCGCCGAAGGCUCUAGAUUUGCGUUCCACGAUGAGAUAUCGCGCAGGAUCCUGCCUCGAGAUGUUCAACCGGUCGUAGAAAGACGGGUUGUCGAAAUCCCCAUAGAAAACUCGCAGUCCGAUUGGCUUCCGGAACCAAAGAAGACAAGAGGCAGAGCAGCAAAGAAACCGUCCAAGAAAUUCCAUAUGCCGGAUGGUGUUAUUGCUGGCUUCGUCACCGCUGGCCGCAUGGAUGAGGAGAUUGCGCCGAAGGCACGGGGCAAGAAGGUGACACCAGUGUAUCCCAGCGAGGAGGUAGUUAUGUUACUUCCAUUGGAAAGCGUGCUCCUGGACGAGAGGGCGGCACAUGACCUUGAACGACGUUAUCAAACCGUGUUUGACGAGGACGAUGCGCCGAUAGUUGGCGCGUUGGACCUCGGCAGACACCAAGCAGAGCAGCGAGUGCUAUCCCGAACGCACCACUUCCGCGGCCAUGGACGUGCAGCGCAGUAUUUCGUUCACACCAUGCAGCGGAUGCAUGAGAUGGACCAUAACUGUGAGGAGCGGUAUAGGAAGAAUCUGCAUCACUCAGACUGCGAACCAGAGCCCGAGCAGAACCUCGUAGUAUCAGACACGGAAUCGAAACCCGUGGUACAGGAGGACAUGUGGGCUGAUGACGAUCCCCCUUCGCAGCCGCUUCCGAAGCUGAAGGCGAAACCAGGACCCAAACCUAAGGCGAAGACGACCCCCAAACAGGCUGCUCCCCGUGGUCGUCCUCGAAAAAACCCGUCCGCCACAACGACGCCUGCUCGUCAACCUAAAGCCAAUUCGAAAGCAUCGAGGACAGAAACACCUAAUUGGCGUAUGUCUGGCUUUGCACAAGAGGGUGCUUCAUCCUCACCGCCGCCUACAGAUCCGCGUAUGCGGGUCGCAUCGCAAGCGGAGACUAUAGGUUCUGACGACACUGUUGGUGGGGACGAGCCUCAGGAUACCCAAGCCUUUCGCAUGGACUCCGAUCUUGUCAGCUUCAUAGCCGAUGACGAUGAAGAGAUCGAAGUGCCCAUUUCUAGCCUGCCCAGUUUAGACUUAGCCGGGCUAGGAAAAGGUACCCAGGCGGUCGUCAAGGCAUCUAAGCCGAAGCGACUCAGGAAGGCUGAGAAGAUAUUUACAAGCGACCCGACCGAUGACGAUGCGCUAGUCACCAGUGACAGCGACGAUGAUGUUCCAAUUGGUAGGCAACGGAGUAAGGGAGCGAGGAAAGCAAUGACUUUUGUGGUGGAUUCGGGGUCGGAAGAUGAUGUUGAUGAUGAGCCCAUUAUACCCAGGAGGAGGGCUCGAAGGGUAGUUGAUGACGAUGAUGACGAAUGACCUAGUAGAGCGUAUGGAGAUUGUAUAGCUGAGGGAACGAUGAUUGCCUCUGUCAAUUGACGGAAAAAGAGCUCAGGCCGCAAGACCCCGACGAUACAAUUCAGUCGGUGCACACAUUGUUCGUCCCUAUCCAUGGAGUUUCCUCAUUUCUUCUCGUCAAACUGCUUCCAAUACUCAGGCUCGUAGCCAUCAACCUUGGACGUGUAUGCCUCGCCAGCCUUGACCCACCCCUUUAUUCCUCCAGCGAGCGUCAGUGACUGCAUCUCAGAGUCGCCCUUCUCAGCCAGAUAGUCGGCGAACCAUCCUGAACACCGU